AACCGAUGGAAAGUUUAAACUUUAAUGAUUCUUCCUGUUGUAAAGUUUCCUGCCCCGAUCAAUGCUGCUCCUAUUAAAAGUCGGGUCAGAGGCUUAAUGGCAACUGCUGAUACACCAUCACCCCUUAAUGUCACGCUAGAAAUAGCCCCAAAGUGAUGCCAUCUGCAGCUAUGCGACAGUCACAAACUGUGUAUGAGACAUGAUAGUUGGGAGAUGUGCUGUUUGGUUAGCUGUGGAAUUACAAUUUUUCUUGUUUGUGUAGACAUUAGAGCAGGAGGAGAAGGACAAUGAGGCUGUCAGUAAGAUGAUGGCUCUUGACCAGAAGAACCAGCUGCUCAACCUCUUCCAUGAAAAGAACCGGCCAACACUCACAAAGUGGCCUCAGGGCACAGAUGUACUCUACAUAGUCCCUCUGUUUUUUGUGGAUGAGUGGAGAAAAUUCAUCAGGCGGCCCACAAAAUCCUCUCCAGUGUCUAAUGUGGGCAACACUCUGCUGCUCUGUCCUCAUGGAGGCUUCAUGUUCACCUACGACUCCCUGAUCAAUGGAGAUGCACAACAUAUAGCUCUGCUCUGGCCCAACGAAUGGGAUGUGAUCAGCAGACUCUUCAUUGUAGACCAGCCAAUCUCCAUCCACUGCUUCAGACAGACCACACCAAAUGGUUCCACCACCCAGUACACCACUCAGCCUGAUCUGUGUUGGGAGUGUAGAGAGAGCUUCCUUUUCCAGCAGCAGAGGGACCUCAGAGAGUACACCCAAGCAACCAUCUAUAUCCGCAAAGUCAUAGAAGACAAAAGGAUGAUAAAGGAGGCAGCUCCAGAGCUGAACGCCAGCAGCUCUGAGGCAGAGGAGGAAAAGGAAGAAAAUCCAAAAAUGGAUGGAGAGAAAGACCCAGACUUCAGUCAGUCACAGGAUGGUGCAAAGCGACUAAAGUUGAGUGACAGCAGCACACCAUCAACCGCUGCUGUUCCUGUGACCAAUGUGACUAAGCUAGGAGGGAUCAGGAGAAGCACCCGGCACAGGAAACUCCGUGGAGAGAAAGCACUCAUUGUUUCAGCGAAUCAGACACUAAAAGAGCUGAAAAUACAAAUUAUGCAUGCCUUCUCCGUGGCUCCAUUUGACCAGAACCUCUCGAUAGAUGGAAAAAGCCUGACAGAUGACUUGGCCACACUGGGCAGUCUGGGCGUCAUCCCAGAGAGCAUCAUCUGUCUAAAGGCUGAUGAGCCAAUAGCAGAUUAUGCUGCAAUGGAUGAUGUCUAUCAGGUGAGAAUGCCCGAAGAAGGAUUCAAAGGCACUGGGCUUCUUGGGCACUAAGGAAAGCUGUGCUGUGGCUAUGCUUGAAAUGGAAGGAUGACAGAUAGAUUUUUUUUUUAAAAAAAAGCUUGAAUUUGUCAAGUGUCCAUAUAUAAAUAAGUGCUUUAAUUUGUGGGUUUUUUUACGUUUUGAGUAGGUUUUCUUUGAUAAAACUGUGACUAUGUUGCAAAGCCGCUGUUUUUCUCUACAUAAAGUUAGCUGGCCUUUGAUAUUUAAAAUUCCUAAUCAUUCUGAAGGACUCUGUGGUAGUGCUUUAACCGCAAUGAAGCAGGUUGAAGUAGCUAAAAAUAAUUGUUGUAUGCUGAGGAUUGCCUCAGUUAAGUUCUACUGUUAGUCAAAAAAAUUUAGUCAAUUGUUUUUAAUUAUGACAGACGAAAAAUUUAAGACAAUGGUCUUUCUUUCUAUUAUGUGGAAGUUUGUGUUCUCACUGCAACGUUUUCAGGUUUGUCAAAAAAUGCACGAGUAACUAUAUUACCAAUAUAACUGCUCUUAAAUGUUAUAACAUUAAUUACCUCUACAGCAAAUCUAUAUCCAUAUACUCCAUGUGGCUUUUAAAAAUGCAUAGCUACAAGGUAUGUAUAGAGGCAGAGUCCUGCAGGUUUCAACAGUGCAAACCUCUUGACAUGGAAGUGAGAAACAGAAUACAAGCAGUGAUAUGUCUUUUCCUUUACACUGUUAUUUCUUAUGAAUAAUAAAGUUAUUUUCAAAGCACAA